CUUGGCAACCCUGCUGUAGCUCGCACGCCUGUUGCUUCUCUUCGUUGGUCUGAAACUUUUAUUAAAUAUUUCCGGACAGGAGAACUAAUUAAAUUACAAAACUAAGUGGCACAGAAACGUGCUGCGAAAGUGUAAAUAAUGGACUCCAAAUACUUUGCCACCAGCAAAAACGAUGCUGGGGGUCCAUCGCCUGUGAAAUUCUCCAUCAAGCGGAAGCACGAUGCCAUGGCAAACAGUCCCAUACUGGAAAAGAAAACGCAGUUGUCCCAAAUCAAGCAAACAAUAACUCCCAUUCUAUUGACCAGCAAAAGAACCACAAUUGAACAACACCAGCGAUCCCUGCCCGUGUUCAAUUGCCGCCAGCGAAUCCUAAAGGAACUGGAACUAAAUGACACUGUGCUGAUCAUGAGUGAGACGGGAUCGGGCAAGACCACGCAAAUACCUCAGUUCCUGCUGCAGGCUGGUUACGCCAAGAGCGGAAUGAUCGGAAUCACCCAGCCACGCAGAGUGGCGGCCAUAACAGUUGCCCGUCGCGUAGCCCAGGAGUUGAACGGAAACAUUGGCGACACGGUGGGCUAUACGGUGCGAUUCGAAGAUGCCACCUCAAAGGCCACAAAGAUUCGGUUCCUUACCGAUGGCGUUCUGCUGCGAGAGUCUAUUAAGGAUCGACUGCUGCUCAAAUAUUCUGUGAUUAUUCUGGACGAGGCUCACGAACGAACCGUGAAUGCGGACCUAUUGUUCGGGAUAGUCAAGGAUGCCCAGAAGGAGAGGCGGAAGCAAAAGUUGGGCAACCUAAAGGUAGUGGUUACCUCUGCUACGAUGGAUAUCGAUCACUUCGGAAAGUACUUCAAUUGCAAGGGUUUGUACCUGGAGGGCAGAACGUACCCGGUCCGCGUGAUGCACACCAAAGAGGAACACGAGGACUAUGUCCACACUGUGCUGGUUACCCUCUUUCACAUACACCGCACCACUCCGAGAAACCACGACGUUUUGAUAUUCCUAACAGGACAAGAGGAAAUCGAGUCAUUGGCCCAACAAAUUCGCCAGCUUGCCAAGAUUGACACGACUGGAACAACGGAUCUCCGCGUAUUCACGUUGUACGCUCAGUUAUCACAGGGCAAGCAAUUGGAGUGCUUUGUGCCGACACCAGCCAACGUACGCAAAGUAAUAUUGGCCACAAACAUAGCGGAAACGUCGAUCACCAUACCGGGAAUCCGCUGUGUGAUUGACUGUGGAUUCGUGAAGGAGAAAUCGUUCAAUACCGCCGACGGACUCGAUGUCUUGAAGUCAGUUCGGAUAUCUAAGGCUCAAGCCUGGCAGAGAGCAGGACGAGCAGGUCGAGAUGCAGAUGGAACUUGCUAUAGAGCGUACACAAAAGCGGAAAUGGACUCCUUUGCAGAUGCAACUCAGCCAGAAAUCCUGAGAACGAACCCAACGUCAAUGGUGCUGCAGCUCCUAGCCCUGGACAUCGACUGCAACAAUUUCGACUUCCUAGACCCGCCACUUGAAGAAGGACUGCGGAGUGCGUAUAAGAGUCUAGAUGCCCUGGGAGCUAUUAAGACUGGAACUGUCUCAUACAUAACACCGCUGGGUCGGCAAAUGGUGCAAUAUCCCUUGGAUCCAAAGUAUUCAAAGCUACUGCUAACUGCAUCAUCGUUCGGCUGCAUGGAGGAAAUUCUAAGCCUCGUUUCUGUUCUCUCAAGCGAUCACGUCUUCGUCUCGAAUAGCGACAAAAACGAAAUGGCUGCAUUAGCUCACGCCAAGUUUCAGUCCAAGCAUGGAGAUCAUUUGACGCUACUGAAUGUGUUCAAUGCGUUUUCGAAAACCGAAAAGCCAAAGAUGUGGUGCCAUGACAACUAUUUAAACUUGCGUAGUUUAACGUAUGCCCGAAAUGUCCGUCGACAAUUGACGGAAAUAAGCGAGCGUUUACAUUUGGCUCUGAAUAGUUCAGAUGACAUUGAAAUGUUGAAGAAAUGCAUUUUAAAUGGAUUUUUUGAAAACAUUGCCGUUCUGCAACGCGAUGGUUUCUACAUAACCGUUUCCGGUAACAUCAGGGCCAAAAUCCAUCCGUCGAGCGUUCUACAUGGGAAGUACAAGCCGAGCUACAUCCUCUUCACCGAAGUUGUCCAGACGGAACAAACGUUUCUCCGCCAAGUCACGGAAAUAUCCAUCGAAUGGAUUAAGGAGAUCGUGCCGUUUGUUAAAAACAUACCAACAAGAUGAA